AUGGCAGCCGAUUUUCACAAUAAGGCGAAGCACGUAGAGUUUCCUUGCGGGAGCUGCGAUCGAAUCUUUAAUUCCAGGAUUGGUUUAGAAAUGCACACAGCAUCUAAACACAAAGGAUAUCCUUGUUCCUCUUGCGAAUCAUCGUUCGACUCGCAAUCGGCUUUGGAGGAACAUGCGGAAACACACAUAUUACCUUGUACCUGUUCCAUUUGUAAUCGAGCAUAUUCGUCGCAGCGAUCGCUGGAAGAGCACGCGGUUACGGAACAUAUGUGUUCAAUCUGUCAUGAGGGUGAUUUCUACACGCCUGUUGCCCUCCUCGAACAUCUCGCAGAGCAUCAACUCUCCUAUCCAUGUCCUUCGUGUAAUCUGAAAUACGGAACACAAGAAGAACUGGAACGACACUACAUCGAGGCCCCAAAUGAUGUACACCCGACUUGUCGCAGGUGUCCCUUCGCGUUUAAAGACGAAGUGGAUUAUGCAAUUCACCUCCAAACCGCUCAUCCAAAGUUGCCUUGUAACUCGUGUGGCGAGACCUUAUAUGUCGAGGAAAUGCAAAGGCACUAUCUUGAUUCCUCCCGUCAUCCAACCUGCGUGAUAUGCAAUGUUGGUUUUAUUGAUCAGCGUACAUUUACAACGACGCAGCAUGGUGAAUUUUUGCACCCGGAGAUGCAUUGUGAUUCAUGUCAAUGGCAGUUCGAUAGCGCGGAAGCGUUGCAAAGGCAUCAAAGACACUUUGCAAGUCAUCCGAAAUGUAUACCAUGUAACGUCGGGUUUGCUGAUUUUGAAUCUCAUACCAAUCAUAUUAUCAGUCAUCAUGAUCGCAAGGAAAGUCACGACGAAGAAAAAUCGCCAGAAUCUAAAUCCGAUGAAUCUUAUAUUGUGUCUGGCUAUCAGGUUACUUCUAGUAUCAGUCCAGUUACUGCACCUGAUCGUUCCGAUCGUGGUAAUGAAAGCAUGGGACCUCACUCAACGGAUAAGAAAGGUGACACCAAGAUUAAGCCUCUGCGCGAGGACACGCCUUUGUAUGCUUCUUCAAUCCCGUUACCCAAGAGCUCAAGUGGCCAUUCCAGUUCGUCGUCGCAAAACAGCAGCUUACGAGCGAUAUCGAAGUUGAGCUUCAGGAGAACAUCAAGCAGCCCGAAGUUUCAGUCACCUCGUGUAUAUGCUGGGUUGGAUCGGUUAGACCGCUCGCGUUUUUUCCCUUCGCCCCCCGUGAUAAGGGUUGCAGAUGAUAAUGGCGACGUUCACGACUUUCAAUACCCGGAAGCAGAUGUGCAUUCACGCCCUGCUUCAUCUUUGUCUUUGAAGGGGGAGCCCGAGGUGGAUCAUUGGCAGACUACAAGUUUUAUGAAACACGCAUACCCUAUAGUCGGUGUUUCACAGUUCAUGGUGUCACCGCCCUUAUCUGCGUCGCGAUUACAAGGCAUGUCGUUGUUCUCUGAUGUCCAGAUGGACCCGUAUCGCGAUCUCUGUCCAUCGCCAUCAAGCCCUAUCUGGCAAGAGUCCUUGGUAUUCCCUGAACGAAACAAUUUUGAAUCCUAUAGGUUCGCUUUGGACAUAAAGGAUGAUGAUCAAUCGAGUUUGUCAGUGAAGUCGCCACAGGUACCGUCGCCUCCCAUGAAGUUGCCUUCGCAGUAUGAUGUCUCCCCGAUGUCAACUUCGCAGUGGUCACCAGUCAGCGUUUCUUCAGGACUUUCUUCUCCUAAGAAGUCCCCAGAGACGAACUUUAGUCCGAUGCAUAGCUACUGUGCGGGAGUAGCUGCACACAGAGCAUUACAAGAGUCAGAGACCCGUAACAGGUCUCCUGAGCAAUCGGGCUAUCUGUCUGCUGAAUUCACGCACGUUAGUGCACCUUCGUCGCCAUUGAUGUCAGUAUCCCCCAUGACAACAAGCUUGACGCCAGAUUAUUUGAAGGAUACUCAGGAGUGCUAUUCAGAAACAGUUACGUCUCCUCGGGCACAUUUCGAAGACUUGAAUAGCCCUGCACGUAGCCCAGCUCUCCCGUCACCUGUACUCUCUUCUGCAAACUUUUCAGCCCAGGUACAAGGGCAGAAGCGUGAGGUGCACUUUGAAGACAGUAUUCUUUCUGAAAGGCUCUCGGAAGACGAAUCUAUACGCUCUGGCGCCUCUUCUCCAGAUCUUCUCACCACGAACUCCAAACACUGGGCGAGUAGAGAAACAGAUCCUCCCAGGAGACACUUUCCUACUUCGCGUACAGCGGGCUCAAUCAAAGCAAGUCGACUGCCUCGAAGGACCUCUCCAGGUGCGAAGUCAAUGUCCAGCUCGUCGGGGUCUGCACCAUCCAGUCCCAUUGCACCUCGAUACCAUUGCAGAAUUUGCCGGAAGGAUCCCUGCGAGAAUUUAACCAGUACGUUGUGCGGGCACUUAUUCUGUAACAGGUGCAUUACAGAGGAGGUUAUUGCUAAAUCCUCGUGUCCAGUUUGCAAGACAGCAACGCUCCUGUACUGCUUGUUCCGCAUCGACACUUCUGGUUGAUUGUGAUUAGUAUAUCACUCCAGACCUGGCCCGAUUUCCUUCCGGGAUCCCGAUAUCAUUUAUUAGGCUCACACUCCAAUACCAACCUUGCAACUGGUCAGUGAUUCGGCGUUAUGACUUGUGACCCUGGAUGGUCAUUAUCUUUCAUGUGCUAUCAUUCGAAUUUUACUUUUU